UAUUGUUUAAAAAGUAUUCUACUUCAAAUAUCGGCGAAAAAUUAUUUAAGAUUUAGUCACUAGUGAAGUGUCUGGAAAAGUUAGAGUCGACUGGAAGGACUGGUUGUGGUGGAAUGACGGUUUGUCCUGUCAAAAACCAGGAACAAGGAUGUAGUGGCUAAAAGCCAUGAAGCAGUUUUGACGUUUUAUACAUGUUUUCUACAACAAAUUCACGCACAAAUAUUAAAUAAACAAGUGAUCUGUGAUGUAUAAUGUUUAGUGAUUUAACUGGAUCCUUGCUCAGGGCUGUCGAAUUCAAGGAAUUUCUACGUAGACAUAGAGAGAAACGCCAAUAACCGCUGGUCUGGGGACAAUUAGCCACCAUUUCCGACAAGGGGCUUCCGAAGUGUUCCCUUAAACUUCCUGGGUGGGACAACAUAUCUGGCGCCCUGCCGCGUCUGCACAUUCCAGCCAUGCCAGCCGUGCGAUCAAAGCGCGGUUGGUGCGGCUGUCUUCAAGAUGAUGAACCACCCGAAAUUACUUAUUGCGUCGUCGAGAACACCGGAACGCUCACCCUCCAAGCCAUCACGCCAACACAACCGAUGCCUUCGCAGGAGGAACUCGACGCCAAAUUUGCCGAACUUGUGGAGGAACUUGACCUGACAGCACCAAACAAAGCAGCAAUGAUGAGCCUUCCUCCUCAGAAAAAAUGGCAAAUCUAUUGCUCAAGAAAGGGCGGAGAUGACACCGUGGACCAAGCCCAUGCUCCAGAACACUACAUCGAAAGACUGCAAACCUUAGCAACUGUAAGUCUUCACCAAUUCACAGGUUUUACCAAUAACCAUUUGUAUUUGCAGCUCCAGUAUCCGGAAACCAACGUGGAGGAAGAAGUCAGAAGUCGGACGAAGCAGAUCGACGGACUGAAAACGGCACUAAGAACCUCAACGCACAGUUUCGUCAUCAAAUUCAUUGACCUCGACGGCCUACCCGCACUCCUCGACUGUCUGGAACGCAUGGACUACUUCACAGCCCAAAGUUCCAUCCACACCAGCCUCAUCGGAUGCGUCAAAGCUCUGAUGAACAACUCUACUGGAAGAGCUCAUGUAUUGGCCCACCCGACCAGCAUCAACACCAUAGCUCAGUCGCUGAGCAGCGAGAACAUAAAAACCAAAAUCGCCGUCCUGGAAAUCCUGGGGGCGGUAUGUCUAGUCUCAGGCGGUCACAAGAAAGUAUUGGACGCCAUGCUCCACUACCAAAAGUACGCCUUCGAACGCACCAGAUUCCUGGGCAUCAUCAACGACCUGGACCGAUCCACCGGCGUCUACAGAGACGAGGUCAACCUAAAAACCGCCAUCAUGUCCUUCGUGAACGCCGUCCUCAACUACGGCCUAGGCCAAGAGAAUUUAGAGUUCAGACUGCACCUGCGUUACGAGUUUCUGAUGUUGGGCAUCCAACCGGUGAUCGACAAGUUGCGGGGACACGAGAACGAGACCCUGAACCGUCACUUGGACUUCUUCGAGAUGGUACGGAACGAAGAUGAAAAAGAGCUGGCCAGGAAAUUCGAGCAGGAACACGUGGACACGAAGAGUGCUUCGGCAAUGUUCGAUUUGAUAAGGCGAAAAUUGAGUCACACCGCCGCCUAUCCGCAUUUGCUUUCACUCUUGGAACACUGCCUGCUAAUCCCCUUGGAUUACGGAUCUCAUCCUCAACAUUGGCUGUUGUUUGACAGGAUAGUACAGCAAAUCGUUUUGCAACAAAACGAAAAGUCCACCAUCAAAGACUUGGAUGUCUGUCCUAUUAACAUCAAUGUGAAGGAAAUCGUGCACUUGUUGGCCAAAGAGGAGGAACUGGUGGCGGCCAGGAAGAAGGCGGAAGAGUUGGAGAAGGAGAACACGGAUAUGUCGAAUAGGUUGGCGAAGAAAGAGCAGGAACUGGAUCAAAGAACGCAGGAGAAGGAAGACAUCGAAUCCAGUUUAUCAAGAAUAAAGGAAAGGUUGGAGAAGGAGACUGCUGCCCACAUCGAGACAAGACAAAGGAUGUCCGAACUAGAGUACCGUGCGGCAGAGCUGGACAGACAAAUCAACUGCGAAAGGGGCGAACGAUUCCGCCUCGAACGUCUCGUCAGCUCGGGCAACAUCCCUGACGACGCCAAAGUCAUUGGUCUGAAGUCCGGCGUCGACGUGAACAACGUGGACUUCAAACCCGAGUUCGUGGCUCCACCACCGCCACCACCAUUAGCACCACCACCGCCACCGAUGGCUCCCGGACCACCGCCGCCGCCGUGCGCCCCGAUGGCGCCGGCAAUCGAGCCUCACAAGAUCGAAAUGGUGAAGAAGAACGUGCCUCAACCCUCGAACCCGUUGAAAUCGUUCAACUGGAGUAAGAUUCCGGACGUCAAGUUGAACGGUACCAUUUGGAGCGAACUGGAUGACACCAAGCUGUACAAUGCCAUGGAGUUGGAGUGCAUUGAUAAGUUGUUCUGUGCAUAUCAAAAGAGCGGAGUUGCGAAUGAGGGUUCAAUCGAGGACCUGAGCAAGCUCGGCAAAAAUCGCAGUAAAGUUCUCUCUGUAAUUGACGGCAGACGAGCCCAAAACUGCACCAUUUUACUGUCCAAAUUGAAGAUGUCCGAUGAAGAAAUUACCAAAGCAAUCCUCAGCAUGGAUAGCAAAGAGCAAUUACCAAUCGAUAUGGUAGAACAGUUACUAAAAUUCACACCUAGUCCCGAAGAAGCUGCUCUUCUAGAAGAACACAGCGACGAAAUCGAAUCCCUGGCGAGAGCCGACAGAUUCUUAUACGAAAUAUCAAAAGUACCUCAUUAUGAACAACGGUUGAGGAGCUUACAUUACAAGAAGCGUUUCCAACUGACCCUUAACGAAAUCACGCCACGCAUUACCAACGUCAUGGAAGCCUCAAGGGAGGUCUCCAGAUCACGACGUCUGAGAAGACUUUUGGAAAUCGUCUUAGCGCUGGGAAAUUACAUGAACCGCGGCGCCAGAGGAAACGCUUCCGGCUUCCGACUGACUUCUUUGAACAGAUUGGCCGACACCAAAUCCAGCGCCAACAAAGGAACGACCCUGCUGCAUUAUCUUAUCCAGAUUUUGGAAAAGAAGUUCAAGGACAUCAUGAGACUCGACGAGGAUAUUCCACACGUCCGCGAGGCUUCUAAAGUAUCGUUGGCCGAGCUCAACAAGGAUAUGGCGCAUCUCAGGGCCGGUUUGAGGGACGUCACUAAGGAAAUCGAGUUCCACAGAACCCAAAGUCCAACUGCUAACGACAAGUUCGUACCGGUAAUGCGCGAGUUCCAGGCAACUGCCACGUGCAGAUUGGCCGAGAUCGAAGAUCUCUACCAAGACAUGAAGACGAGAUUUGAACGUGCAGCCAGGCUAUUCGGGGAGGACGCCACAAACGCCCAACCAGACGAGUUCUUCGGAAUCUUCGAUGCUUUCCUUGUCUCCUUCAUGGAGGCCAAGCAGGAUAACGAGAACAUGAGGAAGCGCCAGGAGGAGGAAGAGAAACGCGCUAAGCAGGAGGCCGAACUCAAAAAAUUGACGUUGGAAAGGAAGCACAGUCGCGAAGGAAUUCUGUCCUCCAUUAACAAAACUGUUAACUUGAAGAAUGGGGAGAGUCCAAAGGGAGAGUUCGAUGACUUGAUUUCGGCGUUGAGAACUGGAGACGUCUUCGGAGAGGAUAUGGCCAAAUUCAAGAGGUCGAGGAAGAGCAGGGUUACGACUGGAAAUUCGCCUCCGAGGAGGAAUUCCGUCAACAGGGAGGAUAGUAGGGAAAGGGUUGUCACAGCCGGAAGACGACAACAAAAGUAAUAGUACUUUUUUGCCAUAAGUCAAAAGUAGGUUGUGAAGAUUUUGGAACGUCUCAAAAUUGACUGAAUUUUAUUUAUUUAUAUGUAGACAAGGAUUUACAUGCAGUUUGUUGUUUUUAGUACUGUUUUGCUAAUCGGUAGCGAAGAUGCUCAGUAGAUUUUAUAUUAACGAAUUGACAUGAAGGUAGACGAAUUUUGGAGCCGUCUAAGAGUACAUAGUCAUAGCUUUUAAUGUCUCAUGGUAAACUACAAUAUUGUUUUGUGAUUCUUUUUCAAUUCUUGGACCAAUCGAUAUACAUUUUCUGUUAGAAUUUUCGCGCAACCAAAUACAAGGCUUGAUUUUAUGUUUUAUAUUUUUUGUAAUAUAUUUCGAAUAAAUCAUUUUAUAUAUUAUAUAUAUGUAUGUUUGUACUUACUUAUUAGUAGAGUAGUUGUAGAUUUGUAUUAUGUUAUUUUAUAAAAAUGAAUAUGCAGACGAAGCAUUGAAUUGGAACUGAUAUAGACAUUUUAAUGUUAUGAAAUAUACUUGUUAAUUUAUUUAAA